UAGCGCAGCGACUGCGACGAGGGUUACUGUAAAAUGGAAACUGUUUUUGUGUGUUUGUGUUGUUGUCGAGCGUGAAGUGUGCAAUUAGACAACUGAAUUUGUUUAAAUGUGACGAGAAAAGGCACACAACAACAACGGCGAAGGCGAGCGAAUCGAUUUCAAAACAAUAACAAGCUACGAAACAAAAUUCCCAGUCGCUCGGAAAUCCGGAAAACGGGAAUUUCGGACACAGCUAUAUAUACACACAUACAGUAAAUAUAUACAUAUAUACAGGCGCGGAGAGGAGAGGAGAGGAGAGCGUGCGAAAACAGAAACCCAAACAACGGCACACAAAUAUUUUGGCCACUUUUCCGAGCCAGCUGGGAAAAGGAAAAGGCGGUGAAAUUGGGACUUUCGGCGGCCCAAAGAGCUCAGCUGCAGGAAUAAGCUGACGAAACUCGAACGGAAACCGAAACCUUGAGACACCGACUCUCACGCACACCAGCGCAGGCCCCUUUGGACGCACACACACACACACACACACACGCAGGAGCAGAAGGAAGCAGACAUCAUGAGUUCGCAAUAUUCGAAUGUGGAGAACCUGUCGCCGCAGACGAUAAGGCAGGUGAUGCGGGAGCUGCAGGAGAUGGAGACCACGCCGCCGGAGGGCAUCAAGGUGCUGAUCAACGAGAGCGACGUGACGGACAUUCAGGCGCUGAUCGACGGACCUGCUGGCACUCCGUACGCCGCCGGGAUUUUCCGCGUCAAGCUGACGCUGAACAAGGACUUCCCGCAGACGCCGCCGAAGGCGUACUUCCUCACCAAGAUCUUUCACCCGAAUGUCGCCGCCAACGGGGAGAUCUGCGUGAACACACUGAAGAAGGACUGGAAGCCGGAUCUGGGCAUCAAGCACAUUCUGCUGACCAUCAAAUGCCUGCUGAUCGUACCGAAUCCGGAAUCGGCGCUGAACGAGGAGGCCGGCAAGAUGCUAUUGGAGCGUUACGACGACUACUCGCAGCGGGCGCGCAUGAUGACAGAGAUCCAUGCCCAGCCCGCCAAAUGCGGUGCAGGCGCUGCUGCUGAUGCCAAAGACGACGAUGGACCCUCGACGAAGAAGCACGCGGGCCUGGACAAGAAGCUGCAGGACAAGAAGAAGGAGAAGUUGCUCAAGGAGAAGAAACGCAUGCUGAAGAGAUUAUGAGAGGCAUAAGGCGGAGUUCCAUGGACUAGCUAAUCAACCAGGAGCAGU